GAGUCCGAGUGUCAUACUUACAAUCAGUUAGGAAGCCUCCUUGGUCAGUUUGAUUUUCACCAUGUUAAUCCAAAAAUUAGGCUUCAUAUAAUCAUGAAAAGGGGCCGGGGGUAUACUUUGAAUUUGAAUAUUCAAAUUUUAACUAAUAUCUUUGGAUAUUUUCUUUCUCUCAUUUUUCUCUCUAUAAAAGGCAUAUACAUGUUGUGAAGUAAACCCAUCUCAUCACAAAUUGAUCACAUUAAACCAACAAAUUUGGAGCUACUAAGAGUUUUGAGAAACUAUCAUCUCGGCCUCUUAAUUACCGCUACUGAUCGAAAUGGAGAUUCAACCAACAACUGAAAUGUUAACAUGGGUAGUUAUGGCAGCAGCAGCUGCCAUGCUAGCUCUCAUCCUCACGCGAAGCAGACGAAAGGCAGGAACCACCAGUCGUAUCCCACCAGGACCCCCUGGAUGGCCAAUAUUGGGUAACAUCCUUGACCUCGUCGGGUUCAAGCCACACAGAACUCUGGUAGAUUUCAAAAACAGGUAUGGCCCAUUGGUUUGGCUACGAUUAGGCUCUGUCAACACUCUUGUUAUAUGCUCAGCAGAAGCUGCCAUGGAAAUGUUUAAAAACCACGAUCACUCCACAUGCAAUCGCCACUUGAACGAGACAUUGAAGAUUGGUGGAUCUUACACCGGCACAAUCACACUAAGUGAAUAUGGUCCAUAUUGGAGAAUGCUAAGGCGUCUUUGCGCUACUGAACUUUUCUCUCGUAAGCGUAUAAAUGAUACUGCUCCUUUACGUAGAAGAUGUGUCGAUAAAUUGAUGAAAUGGAUAUCUGACGAAGCCAAAGAACAAUCAGAUAACGGGGUCGAGCUUGCACGUUAUGUAUUUGCGACCUCUUUUAACGUGAUUGGAAAUUUAAUGCUUUCUAGAGACCUUGUUGAUCCAAAGUCUAGCAAAGGAAAUGAGUUCUUCAAUUUGACUUCUGAAUUAACCGAGCUUACAGGGAAACCUAAUAUAUCUGAUUUCUUCCCUAUCUUACGUUGGUUCGAUUUACAAGGAUUAAAGAAGCAGACAGAAGCAAAACAAGUCCAAGUGCUUGAUAUUGUUGGUAGCUUCGUGGAAGGACGUCGCAGACAAGACAUUGAAGGCAAACAAACCAACACCAAGGAACAAAAAGAUUUCUUGGAUGUUUUAAUGGAAUUUGAAGGCACCGGAAAAGACGAACCAGCUAAGAUUUCAGAUAGAAAUCUCAAUACAUUUAUACUGGAAUUAUUUGUCGCUGCAACAGAGACAACUAACAGUACCGUGGAAUGGGCAAUGACAGAACUCCUUCGACAACCAGAGGCAAUGAAGAAGGUAAAGGAUGAAAUUGCUAAAGUUGUGGGUUUUGAGAGGAAGUUAGAAGAGAGUGACAUCGAAGAUUUACAGUAUUUAGAUGCAGUGAUUAAGGAGACGUUGAGACUACAUCCUCCAGCUCCACUACUCAUACCUAGAAACGUUAUUAAAGAUACCGAGUUAAUGGGGUAUGUUAUACCAAAGGAUACACAAAUUUUCGUCAAUGUUUGGGGAAUUGGAAGAGACCCAAGUAGUUGGGAGGAUUCCGAUUCGUUCAUGCCCGAGAGGUUUAUUGCUGCUUCAAAUCUUGAUUAUCGUGGACAAAACUUCGAGUAUCUACCAUUUGGAGCAGGGAGACGUAUUUGUCCCGGGCUUCCUCUAGGUCACCAAAUGCUUCACCUUGUGUUAGGUUCACUGCUCCAUUCUUUUGACUGGUCUCUUGCAAAUGGUGUCACUCCUGAGACUCUGGACAUGGGAGAAAAAAUGGGAACUUCACUAAGAAAGGAUAUUCCCUUGAAAGCAAUACCGAAACCAGUACUUAUGUCGGUGUAAGGUUAUCAAUAGAUAAUCGAACUUAAGUGACUAAUUACAAAUUAUUGAACUAGGUAACUUGGUAUUAAAAUAAGCUAAGGUCUCUCAUACUUGUUCUGAAGACCUAAGGUUCAUCACGUUAUGUCAUUCUACCUUUCCAUUUUAUUUUGUUUCUUUUGUUUUGUAAAACAAUAUCAGAGUUCAAUUUCUUUGAAUUAAUGUGGAAAUCUUUAUUGUUUUGUUCUUAUUGCAAAA